AGGUCCUCUCCUUCCCUGCUGAACACAAAAGUCUCUCCUUUUUCUCUCACUAGCUCUUCUAUCUUGGAUUCCUAUUUCUUUGUUCUCUGAAUCUCAAUUUCUUACAUAAACGCUCCUUUAUAUUAAUUUCCUGCCACUGUCUUUCUCAACACAACUAGAUUCCAUACAUGGAGGGGCUCAUUAUCUCUCCAUCUUCAUCUUCUUCGCUAGUCUCUUUAUCCCACGAAACCCCACCAACUCUCCAACAAAGGCUUCAAUUUAUAGUCCAAAGCCAACCAGAUCGGUGGUCUUAUGCCAUAUUUUGGCAAGCAUCGAAGGAUGAUAGUGGCCAAAUCUUCCUAGCCUGGGGUGAUGGCCAUUUUCAAGGCUCCAAAGACACUUCCCCAAAACUAAGCACCACUAACAACAGCCGCAUGUCGACAUCAAACUCCGAGAGGAAAAGGGUCAUGAAGGGAAUCCAUUCCCUGCUCGAUGAAUGUCAUGAUCUUGAUAUGUCUUUGAUGGAUGACACUGAUUCCACCGACACCGAGUGGUUCUAUGUCAUGUCUCUUACUCGAUCUUUCUCGCCUGGAGAUGGAAUCCUCGGCAAGGCUUAUACCACUGGCUCUUUGAUUUGGUUAACUGGUGGCCAUGAACUUCAGUUCUACAACUGUGAAAGAGUCAAAGAAGCACAAAUGCAUGGCAUUGAGACCCUGAUUUGCAUACCUACAUCCUGUGGGGUUCUUGAAUUGGGAUCCUCUUGUGUGAUCAGAGAAAACUGGGGUAUUGUUCAACAAGCCAAGUCUCUUUUUGUGUCAGAUCUUAACUCGUGUUUGGUGCCUAAAGGUCCUAAUAACCCCUGUCAAGAACCAAUCCAGUUUCUUGACCGGAACAUUUCUUUAGCGGAUGGAGGCAUAAUAGCUGGUCUGCAAGAAGAUGAUCAUACGAUUGAACAUGGAGAGAAACGAACACAAGAAAGAGCAGAAACAAAGAAAGAUAACGUUAAUAAACUAGGCCAAUCGUACGUGGACUCGGAACAUUCAGACUCGGACUUUCAUUUUGUUGCUGUGAAUAUAGAGAGAAGAAUUCCAAAGAAAAGAGGGAGAAAGCCUGGGCUGGGCAGAGGCGCCCCAUUGAACCAUGUAGAGGCUGAGAGGCAGCGGAGAGAGAAGCUGAACCACCGGUUCUACGCGCUGCGAGCUGUGGUCCCAAACGUGUCAAGAAUGGACAAAGCAUCAUUGUUAUCUGAUGCUGUAUCCUACAUAAAUGAGAUGAAGGCCAAGGUUGAUAAAUUGGAGUCAAAGCUACAAAGGGAGUCCAAGAAAGUGAAAUUGGAAGUGGCUGACACUAUGGACAAUCAAAGCACCACCACUUCUGUGGACCAAGCUGCCUGCAGGCCUAAUAGUAAUUCUGGUGGUGCUGGGCUUGCACUUGAAGUUGAGGUCAAGUUUGUGGGUAAUGAUGCAAUGAUUAGGGUCCAAUCCGAUAAUGUGAAUUAUCCAGGUUCUAGGUUAAUGAGUGCACUGCGUGACCUGGAAUUUCAGGUGCAUCAUGCAAGUAUGUCCAGUGUUAACGAGCUUAUGCUCCAAGAUGUGGUCGUUAGGGUUCCUGAUGGACUGAGAACGGAAGAGGCGCUCAAAUCUGCUCUUCUUGGAAGACUAGAACAUUUUCAGAGAUUUCUACCUUCAAAUUAUGUAAUUAUGGAAAUUAAUGAAGCAACAGCUCCGUUUUUUCCCAACAGUAUUGAGAUCUUGAGCCUGUAAGAGAUUGAACCGAAACUUCACGUUU